GCCCGGGAGCCGGGAGCCGGAGCUGUGGGCCGGAGCCGGAGCCGGAGCCGGGAGCUAGAGCCGGGCAAGGCUCCGGCCGGGAAGGCAGCGCGGCGGCGGGCGCGGGGCGGGCUCAGGCGCGGGUAACACGCCCCUGCCCAAUGGAAAAGCGUUUCCUACCGAGACCCCCAGGGGUUCCCCCUGCCCACAGACCCUGCCCAGACAUUGGGCCCAUUCUUGUGUCCUGUUUCCCAAGACACGAUGGCUGCAGCGUUCAGCAGUUCUGUUUCCUCCCCGAACAAAGGGAGGCCGGCAGCUGCCGGGCGCUGUGGCUUUUGAAGAUGAACGGGCGACCUCUCCGCCGGCCGAGCACCCCGGUCCCGAGCGGCUCGAUUCCGCCGACAGAAGGAGGAGGAAUGGGGGCUGGCAGGGGGGGCUCGGGCUGAGAUCCGCCACUGCGGGCAUGGGCUCCCCGACCGCUCUGCCCCGGAUGAAAGUACUUGUGACAGAGACGCGGUGUAGCAUGGUGUCAAGCAACCUUCCUGGAAUGUGUUUCUUCAGGAAGAGAAGAGAUCACUGUCUUGUUUUAUGGAUGUCACUGAAGUAGACUUUGAAGUUCUUUGGAAGUACAUCACAGACUUGGCAUGGGAAACCACAGCAACAAUCAUACCUGUUUGACAGAUGAUUCCUUUAAGUACAACUUGUAUGGAGCAGUGUACAGCGUGGUCUUCAUCCUUGGUUUGAUUACUAACUGUGCUUCCCUCUUUGUUUUCUGCUUUCGGAUGAAAAUGCGAAGUGAAACAGCCAUUUUCAUGACAAACCUAGCUGUUUCAGAUUUGCUUUUUGUGUUCACUUUGCCUUUUAAAAUUUUUUAUAAUUUUAACAGGCAUUGGCCUUUUGGAGAUAGCCUGUGCAAGAUUUCUGGUACAGCAUUUCUCACUAACAUCUAUGGGAGCAUGCUGUUCCUCACCUGCAUUAGUGUUGACCGUUUCCUUGCUAUCGUCUAUCCAUUCCAAUCUCGCACCAUUAGGACCAGGAGAAAUUCUGCCAUAGUCUGUGCUGGUGUUUGGAUACUGGUCCUCAGCGGUGGAAUUUCAGCUUCCUUGUUCUCCACAACCAACAUUUCUAACACCAGCACGACCUGUUUUGAAGGUUUUUCCAAACGUAUCUGGAAAACCUAUCUGUCUAAGAUCACCAUAUUUAUUGAAGUGGUAGGUUUCAUAAUUCCUUUGCUACUCAACCUUACAUGCUCUUCUUUAGUUCUCAGGACUCUCCGGAAACCUGCCACCUUGUCUCAGAUUGGGACAAACAAAGAGAAAGUAUUGAAAAUGAUCAUUGUGCACGUGGCCAUUUUUGUUGUGUGCUUUGUGCCUUACAAUUCCAUACUCUUCUUGUAUGCUCUUGUGCGGUCCCAAGCGAUAGCAAAUUGCUCCUUGGAGAGGUUUGCGAGGACACUGUACCCAAUCACAUUGUGCAUUGCAACAAUGAACUGCUGCUUUGACCCCUUCAUCUAUUACUUCACAUCAGAAUCCUUCCAGAAGUCUUUCAACAUAAAAACCCAGAUAAAAAUGGAUUCUCUUUUCAAGACUGAGACACCUCUAACAAAGACUGCGCUACCAGCACCACAGGAUGAAAUAAGUGACCAGGCUAUUACGAAUGGAGGGGACCCAACAUCUGAAUCGCAUUUCUAGCGAGAUGUUUACACAUGAAGUUAGCCCCCAUUAACUUUUGAUUAACACCAUAUGUGAAAUAGUUGUUUCAGAAUAUGUGGGCUCACACGUGGUGUUAAUGAAGAAAAGUUGCCUGGGGGAUAACUACACAGGUAGAAAAAUCCUUACACUGGGAUGGUCCCAUCAGAUGCAACAGGUGAACAUGAAAUAUAA